CCCUCGAACACGCACACACCCGCGUCGUCCCUCCCUUUCUCCCUUUCCCGGUCGUCUCCUCCCUCUCCUCUUCCCCCUCCUUUUUUCCCUUGCCUUUUCCUAGAGUAGCCGCUGAAGGAGGCGAGCGGGCAAGCCAGCCAGCAAAAGGCGAGCAAGCCGACGGGGCUGCCCUGUUGUGUUUCUGGGUUGUCUCCUCGGCCCAGCCGCGCCACAGUCGCCGAAGGAAGGACUCCCCCCGCCCUUGCAGCCAUGAGCGGCGGGGAGGUGGUCUGCUCGGGCUGGCUCCGAAAGUCGCCUCCGGAGAAGAAGUUGAAACGCUACGCAUGGAAGAGGAGAUGGUUUGUACUCCGCAGCGGUCGACUGACAGGGGAUCCAGAUGUCUUAGAGUACUACAAAAAUGACCAUGCCAAGAAACCAAUUCGUAUCAUUGACUUGAACUUGUGUCAACAAGUGGAUGCUGGAUUGACAUUUAACAAAAAAGAAUUUGAGAACAGCUAUAUUUUUGACAUCAACACAAUAGACAGAGUCUUCUACUUGGUUGCUGACAGUGAAGAGGAGAUGAAUAAGUGGGUUCGAUGUAUUUGUGACAUCUGUGGGUUCAAUCCUACUGAAGACGAUACUGUGAAGCCAUCCGGUAUUUCUCUGCAGGCACCUGCCGAAUUACCCUUAGCUGUCAGCACUUCUCUGCCAUCUGUACAAGCUGAACCAUCACUACCUCCUCCAUAUCAGUUAAUUAACAUCCCACCAUUAGAGUCUGCCUCUAGCCAAGAUGAUCUACAAGAUUACCUGUUAUUGGUCAACUGUCAGAGCAAGAAGCCUGAACCAGCAAGUUCUUACAUUAUCUCAGAAGAAGGGGAGGAGUAUUUACUGCUGGAGGAUUUUGAAAGUAAAAAAGUUCCAUUGCAGUCACAGGCUGAUGCAGCCAAAAAUGCCUCCUCUGAAACAGACUGCAAUGAUAACGUGCCUUCUCAUAAAACUUCUGCGCAAUCACUGAACAAGCAUGCAGUGAAUGGAUUUUUUCAACAGCAAAGCAUAUAUGACUCUCCCCCACCAAGGGCUGCCUCAGUGUCAGUAGAUGGAAGCCUUUAUAAUUUACCAAGAAGUUAUUCACAGGAUGUUUUACCGAAGGCAUCUCCUUCUGGGAUGGAUGCAGAUGGAGAGCAACACAUUUUCAGUACCCCAUCUGCUACAUCUCUGGAUGCACAGAUGAGGCAUUUCUCAAUUAGUUACGACAUUCCCCCAACGCCAGGAAGUACAUACCAGAUUCCACGAACUUUUCCAGAAGGAUCAUUGGCUCAAAGUUCAAAACUAGAGAUAAUCCCAGAUAUUCCUCCACCUCGGCCACCCAAACCUCAUUAUUCUUCAGACCGCUCCCCUGUGGAGGGCUGUAGCAUCUCCCGCACUGCCUCAGACACUGAUGGUAGUUAUUGCAUCCCUACAGGGGGCAUGCCCCCAUCACGCAGCAACACAAUUUCCACCAUGGAUCUGAAUAUUUUUCGUAAAGAUAUUGGCUCUCAAGACUGCUAUUUUAUUCCACGAACGUUUCUAAAUGACAGAUCAAGCUCACUAGAAGGCUUUCAUAACCACUUUAAAAACAAAAGCUUGUUGACUGUGGGAAGUGUUUCAAGUGAAGAACUGGAUGAAAAUUAUGUACCCAUGAACCCAAACUCUCCCCCUCGGCAGCAUUCUAGCAGUUUUACUGAACCUAUCCAAGAAAUGAACUAUGUACCUAUGACUCCUGGUACUUUUGACUUUUCCCUGUUUGGAAUGCAAGUCCCUCCACCAGCACACAUGGGCUUUAGGUCUAGUCCAAAGACUCCUCCCAGAAGACCAGUCCCUGUUGCAGAAUGUGAACCACCACCUGUGGAUAGGAAUCUUAAGCCAGACAGGAAAGGUCAGAGCCCUAAAAUUUUAAGACCUAAGCCACAUGGUUUAGAGCGAACAGAUUCACAAACCAUAGGUGACUUUACUACAAGAAGAAAGGUAAAACCAGCUCCGCUAGAAAUAAAACCUUUACCUGAAUGGGAAGAACUGCCAGCUCCAGUUAGAUCUCCCAUCACCAGAAGUUUUACACGAGAUUCCUCCAGGUUUCCUUUGUCUCCCCGACCAGAUUCAGUUCAUAGCACAACUUCAAGCAGUGACUCACAUGACAGUGAUGAGAAUUAUGUACCCAUGAAUCCAAAUCAGUCCAGUGAUGAUCUGGUUUUGUUUGGCAGCAGCAGUCUUGAUGGAGGAAGCAGCCCAAUGGUAAAACCUAAAGGUGAUAAACAAGUGGAGUAUUUAGAUCUGGAUUUAGAUUCUGGAAAAUCUACCCCUCCUCGGAAGAAAAAGAGCAGUGGUUCAGGCAGCAGUGUGGCUGAUGAGAGAGUUGAUUAUGUUGUGGUUGACCAACAAAAAACACUAGCACUGAAAAGUACACGGGAAGCUUGGACUGAUGGGAGACAAUCUACAGAAUCUGAAACACCAACAAAAAGUGUAAAAUGAAAAAAAGAAUCCAAUCAUCAUCAUCCUGUUUCAAUUAUUAUAAAAAGAGCUGCAUUUACAAUAGCAGUUGAUUGAAGAGUUCUGGACAAUUCUUCAGUGAUUCCCCCCACCAUACCUUCUCCUUCAAAUAUAUAAAAAUCAGAUGAGGAAAAAAAAAAGACAUCCUUGGCAUUUGGGUGAUUCAUACCAUGUAAAAUUAUGUGUAAAAUAAUAUUGCUUAGGUCCCAGAAAACAUUUUGAAGUGAGGUUAAUACAUCUGUAGUAUUACAAUAUUUUAUGCACUUUUGUCAUAUUAAAAUGUUGGUUCAGCUCUCCCCAGCUAAUGUACUUUUAACACCUGUCCUCCCUCACACACCCCGACACUACUAUAUAACUUUCAAGGAAGUAAGCUACUUGUAUAAUAUUAAAAUUAAGGUCUGAAGUGCAUUUUACUAGCUCAAACAUAAAUUAGCAAGGAGUAGUUUCACAAAGUUAAUCUACUUGAAAUGUCAAGAGAUGAUUUGUUAAAUACUUAUGUUUUAUAUUUAAUACAUGCGAAGAAUAUUUGGAAUUCUACAGGUUACUUUCCUAACAUAAAUGGCUGUGAGUUAGUAAUAAUAUACAUUAAUGGUUUUAGGAUCUACCCUUCUGUCUUAUACAAUAGCACACUAAUAGAGGAGACUCGUUAUUGUAUUUUCAUUGACGAUCAUAUUUGUUGUUCUGUGAACAAAGAUUCUGCAGGGAAGGAUCUUUGUGCUAAAGAAUGAAACACCAUGUAAUCUCCAUAUCACUGUUGCUGUGUAGUAAUGAGUGAUCUUACACUUAAUUUGCAAACCAUAAUUUUUACAUUAGUUACAGAAGGUAGAGUCUUUAACAUCAGGUACGUAUCCUAGCACUGUGGUGCUAACACACUUAUCAGGUUUAAACAAUGCAUUUUUAGUUUUCUACUGCUACCAAGCUUCAGUAUUGGUUUUUAGUAUGAAAAUUAAUAAGACAGUUUGACAGUCACUGUUUGUAGUACUAGAAGAUACUGUGAUUUUUAAAAAAAUAGAUUACAAUUCAAAUGGAAAUACUAUGUCUUGAUGUCAUAGUGCUCUUCUAAUAAUUCUUAUGCCUAGUUUCCUGCUUGGCCUUAUAUUUAAAUUCCUAUGCAACAGAUAUCUUUUAACAUCUUUUUUUAAAGGAAGAUCUAUACUGAAGUGAGUUUAUGUGGUUUUUAAGUACUUCCCCAGGUACAGAAUUCAUAUUGAGUACUUUGAUAUAUUGAUUCACGAUCCCAAAUAGUAGAUUUACCUAAAUUGAAAACCAAAUUUAGUAGGAAGGAAAAAAUGUAGUUUUCUUUCAAGUACACCUGAAUAAAUGUAUUAGUUGUCUAAUGAUGGAAAAAUCUAUUAUUUCAUUCUUACAAGGUUAUACUAAAGUGAACUUACUGUCCUUCAUACUUCCUAAAUAUUGAAUAAAUUUAGAAAAGCUGGCCUUAAUAUUGUGCCUAAUUUACUGUUUUCCCACUCCUUCCUUCCUCAACAGUAUGUAAAUUGUCUUUAUUCCUAACAAGGUUUCUUUUUAAAUUAGAAAUAUUUUGAUGUUUUGAAUUUUUUUUAAAAAACUAAACAUGUUGCAUUUUGAGAAGAAUUUUAAAUAAAUUCAAGUUCUGUUUUUGA